AUGGUGACUCCUUUGACAUCAAGCCUGCGGGAGCUCUGGGCCCACGGGCAUGGGCCCUGUCCUCUGCGGGGUAUGGAGAGGAAGAACUCAGGGCGCUGUGGGGCCCCAAAGAAGCUGGGGCUGUCCUUCUCCAUCGAGGAGAUCUUAAAGAGGCCCACAGAGAAAAGCCACGUGGUCAGGCCGGAAGGGGCAGGUGGACAGGGCACCAGACAAGCAGCAGCUCCAAACUCCGGGCCGGAGGGGCCCCUGAAGGCCCAGCCCCAGGAGGAAAGAAAGAGCAAGCGGAGAGUCCGAACCACCUUCACCACCGAGCAACUGCACGAGCUGGAGAAGAUCUUUCACUUCACCCACUACCCAGACGUCCACAUCCGCAACCAGCUGGCAGCCAGGAUCAAACUCCCAGAAGCUCGGGUGCAGAUCUGGUUCCAGAACCAGCGCGCGAAGUGGAGGAAGCAGAAGCCUGGCAGCCCUGGGGCCCCGAAGCAGCUAAAUGAGGCCGGCUUGGCCCUGACCACGUACCUGGACGUGGUGGGCCCCAUGAGGUCACCCUCUGCUCUGCCCAGGCUGGCUCCUCCCAUGGGCUGUUAUCCACCGGCUCCAGGCCAGCCGGCGUCUGCGUGGUUCCCCGGCCAGACCACCCUCCUCCCGUGCCACCUGUGGGAGACACAGCCUCUCCCAGGCACUCUCGUCCAGUACACCUGCUUCCCUGCACUGUGCUUCCUUCCACCUGCCAACCCCAAAUGGGGCAGCCCCUGUGCCACAUCGACGUAGGGACCAAGAAACCUCUCUCCAGUGGUGCCGCUCUCCUCGCCGGGUGAAGACAUCUGGCAGGAGGGGGCCCAGGCCCCUGGGGGGGGGGCCUUCCCUGAGCACGCCCCACGAAAGGUUGCGUCGGACUCCACGGCAAGAUGACCAAUACGGGAGCUCUCGCCUCUGCUCCCAAGGUUGCCCUCCUGACUCAGAAGACAGAGGCCGUGGGAGAGUCCGAGAGGAGCUCUGGAACAAGGAGAGCGUCUGCUUGUGCUUGUGUCUCCUCUGACUCGCUCUGUGACCUCCAGCUGGUUACUCACCCCCUCUGGACCUCAUCUAUAACACGAGGCAGUUGGACAAGGAGACUUCCGAGGGUCCUUCUGGUUCUUCCUGCGGUGAGGUUGAGCCGUCGUGAGAAUAGAGGCAUACAGCAGGCCACGGGGGAGGUGUUUGUUCAUUCAUUCAUGACACAUUUAUUGAGCACCCACUGGGUUCUCCACAAACAGAACUGGAUCUAUCUAGACGCGAACAACUGAGGCUCUGCCCCCGGGAGCUCAGUCCAGGUCGGCCAAAGAGAUUGUGCGGAGCUUCCCCGGCAAAGCAGGGCAUGCACUCAGCGACCUUGCAGUUGGCCCAUGCCCAGCAAAUUCUGUACGGCUUUGACGUGAAUGUACGAAGUGGGAGAGAAAUGCAGAGGAAGGUGGUUGUUGUU